AUGGAACUCAACCGAGAACAUUUUCGCGCCACAAUUGAUUACAACCUUCAGAGACAAUUAUCGCAACAAGAAUGCCUUGGUAUGGAGAAUUCAAACGUGGACGGCGCAAUUCAAAAAAUUUUACAUGAAGAAUUAGGAGUAAGAAAAUUAGUUUCUCGUUGGAUACCCAACCUGUUGACUGAAGAGCAGAAAGCUGCCAGGGUGAAUUGGUGUCAAAAAACGUUUGACCGUAUCAAUUCCGGAAACUCAAAAAAUGUGUACAGCAUUGUUAGUGGUGAUGAAUCGUGGAUUUACUGUUAUGAACCAGAAAAUAAACGACAUGUUUCGAAAAAGAUGGUCGCGACAUUUGUGUCAAAAGCGGUCAUCACCGAACUUCGAAAAAUCAACCCCGAAAGAAGAAUCAUCCUCCACCAAGACAAUGCAAGCUCGCACACAGCCCAAAAAACAAGAAUACUGCGUGGUCAAAGGUUCCAGUUACCAGAAGAAACAGUUGACGCAUUCAAAAAUGCUGUUUUGGAUCUGCUAGCAAACGAGUGGAAUAAGUGCUUCGAAAAUUGGUUCGAGCGCAUGCAGAUGUAUAUUAAUCUUCGUGGAGAAUACUUCGAAAACAAUAAAUGGUGCAGACAACGGUCACUCUGGGAGCAGGAAUGGAACAGUAUUGUCUUUAGUGACGAGUCUCGAUUUUGUUUAGGCAUGCACGAUAGUCGUGCCAGGGUUAGAAGGCGACGUGGUGAAAGGAGGAAUCCACAGUUUUUUGUUGAAAGACAUGUUCAUCACACUGUUGGAGUUAUGGUUUGGGGUGCUAUAGCUUAUGGUUCCAAGUCACCUUUAAUCUUCAUCAGAGGUAACAUGAACGCGCAGCGUUAUAUCCUCGAAGUUCUAGAACCCCAUCUUUUACCCUAUCUUGACACCCUGACAGAUCCAACUUUCCAACAAGAUAAUGCCCGACCACAUGUUGCAAGAGUCACAAUAGACUUCUUUCAACAUAAUGAUGUCACAUUGUUACCAUGGCCACCAAGAUCUCCCGACUUAUCCCCAAUUGAGCACGUGUGGGAUAUGAUGGGUAGGAGAUUGCUCAAUUUGCAACCACUUCGAGAGGAGUUGGUGGUUGCCUGGAAUGAGAUACCACAGGAGGACAUUGACCAACUGAUCAGAAGCAUGCCUAGGUGCGUUGGAGAAUGCGUAGCACAUCAGGGUGCAUCCACACAUUAUUAA